AGCCGCAGAAACCGAUAUUAUAGCUGGCUAGCCAACAGUCAUAUCGAUAGAGGCUAGCUAGCUAGCUGAUUAGCUAGCUAGUAACAGGUUCGGUUCUGUCGCAGCAGUGGUACGCUGCCUGGCUGUUUUUACAAACUGGUUUUAAGUUAUCGAACGUUAGCAAGCCAGUUAGCCCAGUACCUGCGCUUCACUAACUCGUUAGCUAAAGUAGCUAAAGGCAGUAUAUCUAGCGUUUGCUAGCUGGUAAGUCAGGCUAAUUAUCGUCGGCAGAAGUGAACGUGAGACGCCAGGAAAAGCAGGGAAACUCUGAUUGGAGACUCACGAUGCUGUCGAACGCACAGAAUCAGAACCAGCCGGUUUUCCCGAACCCGCACCAGCAGCAGCAGCCGCCGCAAACUCUGCAGAACCCGGCGCAGUUUCUGCAGUUUCACUCCAAACCCACGCUGCAAAUCAAGAAAAACGCGAUCACGGACGAUUACAAAGUCACAAGCCAGGUCCUCGGUUUGGGCAUCAAUGGCAAGGUUCUGGAAAUCUUUCAGAAGAAAAACGGAGAAAAGUACGCAUUAAAGAUGCUGCAGGACUGUCCGAAGGCCCGGCGGGAGGUGGAGCUACACUGGCGGGCGUCGCCCUGCAGCCACAUUGUGCGCAUCGUGGACGUGUACGAGAACCUGUACCAGAGCAGGAAGUGCCUGCUCAUCGUCAUGGAGUGCAUGGACGGAGGAGAGCUGUUCAGUCGCAUCCAGGACCGGGGUGACCAGGCCUUCACUGAAAGAGAGGCCUCAGAUAUUAUGAAGAGUAUAGGGGAAGCCAUCCAGUUCCUGCACGCCAACAACAUCGCCCACAGAGAUGUCAAGCCAGAGAACUUGUUGUAUACAUCCAAAAGACCCAACGCCCUCCUCAAACUCACAGACUUUGGGUUCGCUAAGGAAACGACGACGCACAACUCCCUGGCCACGCCCUGCUACACCCCAUACUACGUGGCUCCAGAGGUUCUUGGUCCAGAAAAGUAUGACAAGUCAUGCGACAUGUGGUCUUUGGGAGUCAUCAUGUAUAUCCUGCUGUGUGGAUACCCACCCUUCUACUCCAACCACGGCCUGGCCAUUUCCCCAGGCAUGAAGAAACGGAUCCGAAUGGGACAGUACGAGUUCCCCAACCCCGAGUGGUCAGAAGUGUCAGAGGAAGCUAAGCAGCUGAUUCGCCACCUGCUGAAGACCGAGCCCACCCAGAGGAUAACCAUCACUGAGUUCACGAACCAUCCCUGGAUCAACCAGUCGAUGGAGGUGCCCCAGACCCCCCUCCACACCAGCCGCGUCCUCAAAGAAGAGAAGGACACCUGGGAGGAUGUCAAGGAGGAAAUGACCAGUGCUCUGGCCACAAUGCGUGUUGAUUAUGAGCAAAUAAAAAUUAAGACCAUUGAGGAUUCCUCCAAUCCGCUUCUGAUGAAGAGGAGGAAGAAGGCCAACAAUGUGGCCGGAGAGACGCCUGCCCUCUGAGGGAAGCACACAAACAUAAACACACACACGCACGCACACACAGACACACACACGAUAACAGCGACACAAAGGAAGCAAUAACUGUCAGUGUAACAAAAACAGAAUUAUUAAUGUCAUAGAGCAUGAACUUUCAUACAAACCUAAAAUAUCUAUAUUUUUAAUUUUCGUUAUUGAUUUUACUUUUUUAGCACCGUUUCUUUUUAUUACUUGGUCUUUUUGAUGAACCGAGCACUCCUCUGUGUGGUGAAAGCAUAAUCACAGUUAAGCACUGCAAGACGGAUUACGAUCAAUGAGAAGGGUAGGAGGGGACUAAAGUAAUACAGUUUUGAUAAAUGCAGAUCUCAUUGUUAAUAUUUCUAUUUUCAUAUUGAGUUAUUAUCUCCUCAGCCCAGCAAGCUGCAGAAGCACACUUGUGUAAGCCUUUUAAACCACCCUUUUCCCAGUGCAUUAACAGUAGCCAUUAGUAGUUCAGCCAAGACCUCAUCCGUCAGCAAUAUGUAGUGUUGUUUUUUUGUUUUUUGUUUCAAAUAUAAUAUGUUCUUGGAUGCCUUGUGAAAAGGAUGAUGCCCUUCCAGUGUACUGUGCAUUCUGUUCUUCGGUAAGCCAUCGAAUGUUGUCAGAUCUUGGUCCAGUGCUGUGAAUUUUAGCCUCCGAAUAGCGCCUCCUGCAGGCGGUACCCUCAUGUUACGCAGCACUCGGCCUUAUUGUCGGGGCAGACUGGAUAGCAGGCGUUGGUGCCGUGGACUUUGUGCUUUGGGUCCCCUCGGUCGUGCGUUGUAUAGUAGACUCCACGAGGGUAGACGCCAUCAAAAAGAGAUGUGAAUAUCUCUGUUUUAUUUUUUAUUUUUAUCUCUUUUUGUUUUUUUUUUUUUUUAAGUGUUACGCAGCGGACUGUGCAAACUUAAUCGGUCUCUGGGGUGUAUCUGUGUCAUAUUACACCUCCUGUCUUAUUUUCAUGAGUGGGCUUUUUCCCCCCAUUGACUGAUGCUAGGCUUGAACAGUUUGAUAGUGUUAUUUGUGUGCAAACAGUUGUUGAAAACAUGUUCACUGGAAUGGGGAUGUGAACUCCGUGUUGGGUACGAUGUCUGUGCAGAUGCACCCAGGGCGAAAUGAUCCCCUCCCUCCCACUGUGUUAAGCCCUUGUGGGUGAAUGACUGUUCUGAGACCAGCUGUUGGCCCGGUGUGCCGAAAGAGGAGACCAUCUGUCUGCGUGAAGAGAAGAACCUGCCCAUUGUGAUGGGUUAAGUUCCAGAGUUACAGUUACAGGAUAAUCUCCCUCCAUGCUAGCGAUUUAAGGCCAGCCCUUUCAUUUUUGGGGAGCUUCUCCUGCAGUUUUGAUUGAAAGCAUUGGUAGCUGUACAAGUGUGUCUGUCUGUUUCUCAGUGUUUAAUUCUGUACUGUACUUAAUAAAUGUGCAGGCACUGUACUGGCCUUCUGUGUGGGACUUUUUGAUCUAAACC